AUGAUAUACAUCGGCCGCUUUAUAACAGGCUUUGCCUCCGCUGUCCCAUCCGUUGUUAUUGCAGGCAGCGUUGAAGACAUGUUCAAUGCCAAGAGAAGAAUAUGGAUCGUCGUGUUGUGGAAUGUCGGAACUACAAUGGGAUUGUGUUUUGGUCCUGUGUAUGCCUCUUAUAUUACUGCAGCCGCCGGCUGGAAAUGGGUGUUUUACAGCGCUGGAAUUGUCACUGGGGUGCUUUUUGUUGCGCUGAUCGCAAUCAAGGAGAGCAGGCCGAGUAUUUUACUUGGCCGGAAAAUCGAGCAGAUACAGAAGAACACGACAAUCACCGACCUGGAGUGGCAUAAUCCAGACAACCUGCCUAGUAUGAGAUCUUUGGUUGAUGUCGUUGUUGUGAGGCCAUUCACUCUGCUGUUUACUGAGCCGUUGGUGAUGAUCAUCGCAACGAUAUCGGCUAUAUCAUGGGGCAUCAUUUACCUGUUCACAGAGUCUUUGACUCCAAUUUUCAAGACUAUGGGGCUCUCAAGAACGCAAUCGACAUUGACUUUUCUGGCCAUUGCUCUUGGUACGCUGUUCACCAUGCUGCCGCGAUUCUGGGACAUGCGAGUCGCAAGAGCACGCAGACGCAAACAGGAAGCACUUCAUGAAGACAAAAUCAUGGGAUUUGCAUUCGCAGCUCCCGCAUUGGCAAUAGGCUUGAUUUGGUUCACGCUGACGAUUCCGCCCUUCGCCAAGGGUCUGCACUGGAUAGUUCCUACAUUGUCUCUGGUACCCAUUGGAUUUGCAGUCAACGAGCUAGCUUACACUCUGAGUGGCUAUCUCUCCGAUUCUUACCUCUUGUACAGCGCAUCCGCCUUUUCGGGGCUGGCGUUUGUGAGGGCCAUUAUCAGUGGCUUGAUGCCAUUGAUUGCGAAUGCAAUGUAUGAGGGCCUGAAUGCAAACAUAGCCAGUGGUAUACUGGCUGCUCUUGCUACGGUGUUUUGUGUCGUGCCGUGGGUGUUCUUCAAGUAUAGUCGGCGGUUGAGGCAGCGGAGUCCGUUUGCCCGUUUCAGUCUUGAUGCUCAUCAGCGGACGCAGGUAGAGCAAGAUUAG